GAUUUAGGACGGAGGCACCACGCCAACGACGAUGCCGACAGCGCACUUGACGAAGUCAAAAUCAUUGCGCAGGAAAGAGGCCAAAGAACAACAAGAGCUUGAUGAAUUGAGAGACAGCGUGCUGGGCUCUCUGCUCGGCCCCAAGCCGCAGCUGCCCACGCCGCAGGAGAUACUGGCCGUCGGCCGGCAAGAGGUCAGCGCUCGGGCGGAAAGCUUCUACCACGACCGACUCGCGCACUAUGCUUACGCACUGCAUCACCGCCCGACCGGCGCGCGUGUGCAGUUUGCCAGCGCCGCAAAGGAUGCUGGCGCCGUAGGCGGCGGGGAUGAAGACGCGGGCGACCAGGAAGAGGACGGGCUCCUGCUCGAGUACAUGUCGGUAGCGGGGCGCUGGCAGGAGGUGUCGCUGUUGACCGAGGAAAGCGACCCAGGGAUCGCGGGCGGCGUGGCAGCCAUGCAGCCCGUCGACGACGUUGAGGGGCCGGCGCCGCGUGCAGGCCCUUCCGGCAACGGCGGCGGCGGCGCUCCCGGGCGCGAGCAGGACGCGGCCGAGCGGGAGGGGCAGCCAAUGCCGCGGCUGCUGGAUCAGCUGCUGGGCGCGCCCGACGCCGGAGCCGCCUUCGCCAGCCGCCGGCGGCGCGAGAGUCUGGCGGCGACUGCCGGCGGCGGUCGUGCGGGCGGGUGGCGGCGCAGCCUGGAUGAAGGCUCCCGCAUACCCAGUGGCGCUGGCUUCUGCAGAGGCUUGAACAGUAGCAACAGCAGCACCAACUACAUCAGUCGCCCGGGUCUUCCAUCCUCAGGCACAAUGCCCAUGCUGCUUUCUAACUCAGGCGAGACCCCGGGUGCGCCCGGCGCGCCGCCGCCGCCGCCCCUGUCCGGCUCGGAGAGCAGCGUCGCGUCGGUCAGCAGCGGCAUAACAUACGGUGGGUUGGCUGGCGUCGCGGGGUCGCGGCACCGGUCGAACACGGCGGUGAGUAUGCCACGUGCGUCAUCACUAAGGCCCGCAACAGCGCGGCUGGUGGCUGGCGGACAGUGGCAGGGGCAAAGCUACGGAGCAGCCGCCGGCAGCGCGGCUUCCCACGAGCUGCGUCGCAGCGUUGACCCCUCCCCGCAUGAGGGCGACGCGCUUGCCGUCACCACUCCCACCUCAGCAGCUGGAAGUGCUGGGGCGGGGGCGGGGGCUAGCACCAGCGGCGUAAUGGCGCGCCGAGCAAGCUUCAGCCUGGGUCCUGCCAGCGCAAGCCAGCUGAGCAUGUUCGGAGGUGGGCUGAGCAGCUACGGCGCGGCUGCCGCAGCUGACCCCAGCCCGCACCCUCCGGUGUGCCUUGCCGGCCUGCCAGCCGCCGCCUUCCACGGCCCGCACCCGCCCCCGCAGCCGCACCCGCGCCCACACCGCGCCUCCACCUCAGCGGCGAUGGGUGCGCUCGCAACGACAUCUGCCUCAGUCGCCGCAGCGGCUGAAAACAACGGCAACGCGAGCCUGACCGCCAUGAGAAGCGCCUGGCAGCUGGCGGAUGCGGCUCACUCGGCUCGGUCGUUGGGUGCUGCAGCGCGGGCAGGCGGCUCGUCGCUUGCGCCGGCCCUUGUGGGCAGCCCGGCACCGCCUGCGGCGGCCAGCGCGCCGCAAGCGGCCACCAGCACCAGUGGCCUCAGCGUGCAGGAUGGGCUGGGCUUGGUAGGCGGAGUGGACGGCGGCAAUGGCAACCUGGGUGCCGCGGGGCAGGCGGCGUGGGCCUUGGCGGCGGCGGCGUCGACGCCGCCGCCGCUUCCGAUGCCGUCUGCGCCGUUACGCUGCGUGCCCCGCACGGCGUCGUGCACGGCCGUCAUUCCAAGCGGUGGCUCGGGGGCCAGCGGCAUGGGUAGCACCGGUGGCGCUGCGGGCGGCGCGGCGCGGGAUGCGUGGUUUCAGGCUCGCGAGGCGGCUGCGGCGUCUUUGCAGCAGCGGCAGCGGCAGGAGGCACAUCCCAAGGACGAAGAGGCAUACCACACUAACGAGAGUGAGGAGCAAGAGGACGAGGAGGGGGAUGAGGAGGGGGAAGAUCACAGUCAGCCAGGAGAGGAGGACGCGCGUGGCGAGGCCUCGGGUGCCAGCGCCGCGGCAGGCCCGAAGAAGAAAAAGAAGAAGGGCACGGGCGGGCGACUGCUGGAGGAGGGGGGCAAGGCUGUGGAAUCCAGCUGGCGAAGCUUCAGUGCGGGAGUCACGGCGCUGCGUGCGGCGGCCGCAUUGAGCAUGGGCGGCAUCGUGGGGCGAACCAGCAUGCGCUUUGGCCGCGCAGUGGCAGCAGACCCGGCCUCGGUUGCGGGUGGCGAGGCCGCGACAGGGAUGGCGGCAGGAGGGCCGGUGGUGGGCCCGGGAAGCUUGAUGCUGAGCCGGCGGCAGCGCCGCGCAUCCAACGUGAUUCUGCCGUACCCCGACGAGCACACCAGCGCGCUGGCGGGCCCUUAUGCUGGAGCCGGCGACGGUGACGGCAACCCGGGCGGCGCUGGUGCCGCUGGCAACGCCGCCGCCUGCUCCCCGCCGGGCAAGGGCGCGGCGCACACGCCGCAGGCAGCGCAGCUUGCGGCGAUGUUGGACACCAUCCGGCCCGCCUCGCUGGCUCCUCCGUCUUCAGUCUCACCGGUGGCUAGUUCCAAAGGGUCCCCCACGCCAGCACGAGGUCACGCGCUCGUCGCACGCGUCCCGUCCUUUCUGUCACGACCGGGGCCACCGGGGCCAGGCCAGGUGUCAGCAGGCACAGCCGCAGCAGCGGCGGCGGCAGCGGCGGGCAGACUGGCACCCAUGCCGCGGCACGCAAACCGGCGGGCGUCGCUCGACGAGACCUGGCUUGGCGCCAGCUUGCAGCAGGAGCGUGCUGCAGCUGCGCCGCCGCCGCACCCACCGCGACGUGGUAGCUUGGAGAUCACGCGGAGCGCCGCCUCGGCGGUGAGCAUGGCGGCCGCAUGGGAACCCCGGCCCUUCAGCAAUGCAGCGGCACCGGCAAUGACUGCAGCCGGGCCCACGAGCCCUACCUCGUCACAGUCGCAGCCGUCCUUUCUGAGGCGCGCGGCGGCGGGCGGCGGCAGCCCUGUCCCCUCGCCUGUGGCGGCAGCAACGGCGAUGGCUGCUCCUGCUUCCGCUCCUUUACCGGGCGCUGGCGUCAAGUCCCAGACGACGGGAUCCAAGUUGGGCGCAUUCGACCGGCUGGUGCACAGCUUGUCGCAUGUGCUGCACAAACCCGGAAGCAAGCGCCACUAGUUGGCAAUUGGGAGGGCAGACGUUAUGAAGUGCUCCCGCCGGCGCUGAUUCCGGCGAGGCCUGGCUGGCUGGCUUUGAACCUCCGUACCUCUGAAUACGCACGCAAGGCCGCACAGGCCACAGUGCCCUGACCUUGGUAGCGAGGCCUUCAGUCGCGCACUUGAACUUCACAGUUAUUGAAUGUGUGCGCAUCGGUUUGCAUCUGUGUAUCAAGUCAUUCACGCCUGGUGCAGUAUGGUGCGGCAUUCGUUGAGCAUGCAGCAACAGCACCCAUUUGCUUUAUCCAACACUUGCCACGCUGGCAUGUUAUGCAUGUACCUCAAGCAUCGGAAGAGGCAUGCCGCAUGCGUAGCGCAAUCCGUUUGAGCUAACGGGUACUCUAUACAUGACCUAUACGCUGCGUCGUGCGUGUCAUCCGAGUCGCGCAGCGCUCAGCGUAACAGCUUGCUGUGUUUGCAGGCAGAUAGCGGCGGCAGAGGUCGGCUUGUUCUGUGCGGUGCAUAUCAUUAUUGCGGCCGGGACCGUGCCAGCGGCACCACUGUGUAUGUGGCAUUGUUACAGUACGCAUCAUAACAUUUUAUGGCAGAAGUGGUUGCCUUUCCUUCCUUGGAAAGCAAAUGUGCCCGUGUUAUGACAGAGCUGUGCCCGCCAACGCUCCAGGUAUGGCCUCAUCUUAUGGGUUACGCAACCGCACAUGUUGGUCAAUUCAUUUAAUUGUUUAUGGCACAACCCCUGCCGAUGAGAGAUUUAAGCUUCGAACGGUUGCACGGACACGGGGGGGCAAAGUAGCGCAGUCAAGUCAUUCAGUGAAUUUGCAUAGUUGUGUUCAUGUUAGAUGAUUUAGCCUUGGUCUGCCAUCAGUGCCAUGGGAGGCCGCGGCCUUGGGCCUGGGUCCUAAGACGGGCGGGCUGUCGCGUGGGGACGGGGCUUUGGGGCCGCGUUGCUGCCGCGUGUGAAGGCCGCGGGAGCCUGCAACCGAACGGACCGGGAGGCUUGCUGACCAGGCCCCGCACACGGCAAUUUCAGGUUGCAUGAUGAAGACAUGUAAACCACAUGAUUC